GGGGAAAGCAACAGAAGUAGUAGAACUAGAACUAGAACUAGUAGAAGAAGAAGCUAUUUAAUUCUUUAAUAAUUAGGUAAAGUUUUCUGUUCUUUUUCUUUUUUUUUCCUGGGAAGAAAAACAGAAAGAGAAAGAGAAAAGAUGGCGAGGAGGGCGGACGAGGAAUACGAUUACUUGUUUAAGGUGGUAUUGAUUGGAGAUUCGGGCGUUGGCAAAUCUAACCUCCUCUCCCGAUUCACUCGCAAUGAGUUCUGCUUAGAAUCCAAGUCAACCAUUGGUGUCGAAUUCGCUACUCGCACUCUUCAGGUUGAAGGAAGAACAGUGAAGGCUCAGAUAUGGGACACAGCAGGGCAAGAGCGAUACAGAGCCAUAACCAGUGCCUACUACAGAGGUGCUCUGGGAGCUCUUCUGGUGUAUGAUGUAACAAAGCCAACUACCUUCGAAAACGUGAGCCGGUGGCUGAAGGAGCUGAGGGAUCAUGCAGACGCCAACAUAGUGAUCAUGCUGAUCGGUAACAAGACCGAUUUGAAACACCUGAGAGCAGUGGCGACUGAGGAUGCACAGAGUUAUGCGGAGAAAGAGGGCCUCUCAUUCAUCGAGACGUCUGCGCUUGAAGCAACCAAUGUGGAGAAGGCUUUCCACACAAUUCUAGCGGAGAUUUACAGGAUAAUUAGCAAGAAGUCACUAUCUUCAGAUGAGCCAGCGGCUGCCACCAUCAAAGAAGGGAAGACUCUUGUAGUUGGGGGUGCACCGGACGCCAAUACCAGCAAGUCUUGCUGUUCUUCAUCUUGAUUUGAUUACACAAAUUUUUGUUAUUUUCCUUCUUUUUUUCUUUCUUCUACAUGUGAUGUUGGUUAUUGUUUAUUAGCUCUCUUUACUAAAUAUGUUUUGGUCAUAUAAUAUUAUUUUUGUUGCUUGUUGUGAGGAUUGAUAAUUAUUUGUUUAUGAAGAAUAUUACACAUUUAGUUUGCCUUUUGUUUUUCUUUGAAUGGACUAUCUAAAAGGCCUUUUAUA